AUGUUAGAACCUAUUUGUCGUGUACCUACCAUCACCAUUCAAAAUUUUUAUAAAUUGAUUUUUUUAGGAAGAAACUCAAUUUUUCAAAAAUACAACUUUAGCCCAUCAAAUCACCUAAAUCUAAUUAUAAAAGAUAAACUUCCAUUCUCUUGGCUUGGAGCUUACGAAUUACUAAAUGGCAAAGAAAUAAUUUUGGGAUUUUCCACCGAUAAAUUUAUAAUUUACAACCAAACGCGGAGAAGAAUUAUUUUUGAAGUGAAUUGCGGUGGGGGACAUCGCCUUUGGGAUUAUCAUCUAACAAAUAAUUAUUUUACCCUGACCUAUCAAAAAGUUGAUAAAUUAAUUUCGAUCGAAUUCAAUUUAGAAAGCGAGGUUAGAAACGUUUUGGAGUCGUUCCAUGGAACGGAAACGAAUUGCAUGAAAUUAAUUGUAACCAAAUCAACCCCAUUUACGUGUUUUUGUAUAUCCGGGGGCGAAGAUACAACUUUGAGGUUAUCAAAAAUUAAUUUUGAAGAUGAAUUAAACGGAUUCGAAGUUGUUAAUGUAAUCAAAUCGCAUUUAUCGAGUAUAAGAGUUGUAAUUUAUCACCAAAUUAAUUUUAAAGAGUACUUUGUGUUUUCUGGUGGGGGAAGGGCGCAAAUUAUUUUGUGGAAAUUAAAUGUUUUUGGUGAAAAUAUUAUUUUUAAGGAAUUAUUUUCUUAUUACAAAGAACUCGAUGAAUUCGAAUCUGAAAUCCGAAUAAUGGAUUUAACAACGAUUGAGGUUAAUAAUAAAAUAGUUUUAUUCUCGGCCUGUUCAAACGGAGAUAUUAAAAUUUAUGAAAUCGGUUUAAUAAAUCCAGAAAUUAAGUAUUUAUUUAAAAUAGCACAUAAAAAACGAUGCAUCUUGAAAUUAUUUACAAUUAAAUUUGGAAACAUCUCAUUUUUAGUUUCAACUUCAACUGAUGGUUAUAUUAAUUUCUUCAACAUUAGUGAUCUUGAAAACUUAAAUAAUUCUUUUGUAGCCGAAUUCAAAACAAAUCAAUCUGGAAUAAAUAGCACUUCAUUUUGUUAUUUGCCCGAUAAUAAAGCCGUUAUUUUAACUGGAGGUGAUGAUAAAGCGUUUAGUUUAAAUUUAAUCGAAUGUAAUAACGCCACAAUUAAUAGACUAAGUUAUUAUUCCAAUGAAAAUCACCACUUUGCGCACAUAACCGGAGCUUUUAUAACGAAAUCUCAUUUUAUAACCGCAUCAAUCGAUCAAAAAGUAAUCGUUUUUCAUUGGGAAUUAAUCAAUAAUCAAUUUGAAGUUAAAGAAGUUUGUAAAAGGUUCACCCAUAUCACUGAUUUGCAAGGAAUUGAUUAUGUGUUUAAUGACAAUAAGUUAAAAUUAGUUUUGUUUGGGAAUGGAUUUGAAAUAUUUAGUGUUAAUUUAGAAUAAAUUUAAUAAAUAUGAA